AUGAGCAAUUCGGAAGUGAAAGACCAAGCCAAUAACGAUUCAAAUGUUGCGUAUGACUCUAAUAAUUCGACACCGUUUUAUUUCUAUGAAAAAUUAAGUGGAAAUAAUGACAAUGAAUUUAAGAGGCCAAAGUUAAUGCCUCCUCUUUCAUGGGAAAAUCUUGUACCUCCUUCCGAGGUCUUUGAAAAAGAGAUUAAUAAGUUUGGCAGUACUCUAAGCACGGAAAGAAAAGGGGAAAAAACAGAUGAAAAUAGUGAACAAAUUUUAGUGGAUUUUGAUUAUUUAAAUGCAUUGUCGGAAAUGCCAAAUAUUGAGCCAUUAAAAGGUUGA